CCGGACACGCAUAUUUUAGUGUCGAUCCCCAGCAAUCCACACAGCCGCCACAGACGAGGGCUAUAUAAGCAACAGGGACGGUCAACUUUGGACAUUCUGUGUUUAGAUCUUACGAGUGUGGGAACAAUUUAGAACUUAAUCAUGGUGGAACAGUUUCUCAACAAAUGGAAGGCCGAUAUCACUUCUUACAGGAAUUUCGACGAGGUCAUGGACGCCAUGCAACUUGAUCCAAUGGCCCGCAAAGUAUUCAAAGAAAGGGCGGGAACACUGGAAUACCAGUUAGACGGGGACACUUGGACUGCACUGGCCGGGGUAGAAGGAUUAGGAGUCAGAAAAUAUGUUUACAAACUCGGAGAAGAAAUUGAGGGGAUAGGCCUAGACGGAGUACCAUUAAAGACUAAGUCACGUCUGGAGGGCGACGCUCUUAUAGAGAAUUCAACGUCACAGAAAUAUGGCAUACCAAAUACAAUCACUCGUCGCGUGAAGGGGGACAUUUUAGAAUGUACUCUACUCGUGGAUGAGAAAGGUGUUCAGAUGACGUACAACAUGACCAAAAUGUGAAUUAGACUAAGAAACUGUUGACAUGAACAAUGAUCAUAUAUAAUCUCGUGUAUGUUGUGUGCAAUAUAAAUCACUUGUUUACGUCAUUGGCAAUAUGAUAUUUUGUGUAUAAGUGUUCAGUGAAUAGUCUCGGUGAAAUGCAAAUACGACGUCGAUAUACAUUUGAAACCAUGUUCAUUUCGAGUACAUUUCCAAAUUCAUUUGAGCCCGUCAAACUUCUUUGUUGUGGUUAUCAUACUCUUGAUUGCAUGUAAAAUUAUAUUAUUGGCAUUUUUUACAUAAAAAGACGUGGUAAUCGUAUCACCAUCAACAUAUUAUAGUACUUCAUUCGCCAACAUGCUGUCCUCAAAGUCUGUUUACAUUAUCAGAUAUAGCCUUCACAACUCGAGAUUUUGUAAUUCAAGGACAAAUGUGUAUAUGCUGCAUUACUGUCAACGUCGCCAAGUAACAAAUGAUGAUCUGAUUGCCAUACAUGAAAGGUUGAAAUAUGAUCAUCUCCCGUAACGUGUAUCACAACAAGAUGUCACAUGAUAGAAGUCGGUGAAUUCGUGAAAUUUACAGCUGUAUAUGUACUGAUAACGUAUACGCUAGCGGGAAAUAAGACUUAAACACUUUUCUUUUGAUUUAAUGUUGUGAUG